AUGUCAGACGUCGCUAAACUAGAUUCUAAACCACCUGCUGCAGGUCCUCUGAAACAUACAUCAAAUCUUACUGAAGAAGAAAAGAAUGUUAUCAAGACAUUAGAAGAGGAUGAUGAAUUUGAAGAUUUCCCAGAAGAUGAUUCCAAGUGGUCAAAUAAUAGUACCAAUAAAUUAAGUGAACAAAAUUUAUGGGAGGAAGAUUGGGAUGAUGAUGAUGGCCAAGACGAGGUGUCCAACAAGUUAAGAGAAGAGUUAAAGAAAACGAUUAAACCAAUUCAAUAA